CAGAGACACCCGAUCAAAGAAAACAUCUCAGCGGUAGAUAGAUAAACUGACUGUCCAAAAGUGACACUAUACAUUGGAAAAAAUUCUGUUUCUGCAGUCAUAAGCCUAGAAAGGCACCCUACUCUAAAACAUUUGGAGGCUAUCAUCAAAGACUAUAGAAAUACUAUCAUGCUCGGAGAAGCCUUCCUUCAUGUCCUGAACUGCACAGAAGACAUCACAAAUCAUGAUGGACGUGCUCAUACACACUCAUCCGCCCCCAUGACCCGUCCUGACCCCUGUGCAGCGAACGCUGUUGCCAGAUCUCCUCUGACAACACGAACUGUGAGAGCUGGCAGGCCUGAAUGCCUGGAAAAGCAAGGGAAGUACCGAGCCUCUGCACCCAGCAACGGUAUGCCCAUUCUCAGCUGUAGCGGAGAGGAUCACUUGGGCAUGAUGCUGUUUGGCUCCUGGUGCUGUCCCAGCUUCUGCAAAAACUAUCCAGACCUCCGGCUUGCUGGUGGCCGGCUGGAGCACUGCAGCCCUCAUAACCCAGACCUGCUCAACCCACCAGACGCCAGGCCACUGCUACAAUCACAGGACCUAAGCUCUCUGGAACCCUCUCUGGAAGCAGGUCAACAGGCAGAGGCUGUAACCCAGCCGGACGAGGAGUAUCUUGUCAUGGAAAGUGUUCAGGGUCCUGGCUGGGAGAGAAGGCUUACCAACUCCAUGUUGAAUGGCUAUCUAGAAGUCCAAAUGCUGGAGGUGUUUUGUCAGCACAUGCAUAACAUGGCGUGCUGUGGAUCAUCAUUGCUGAGCACUGACGUCAUGCCGGCACUGGUGCCCACUAGCCUGACUGUAGCCAAAGAACAGCUGGAUUCUUCAUCCAAUAAUGUUGUGCAGUAUUUAAGCGCUUGUUCAGCACCAGCCACAUCACACUUCAGCUCACCUGUGCUGCGAAUCUCAGAAGCUGAGUAAGCCACCACAUGAAAUACACAUAGAUCCUGCCCUUGUAACAUUUCUGAUGUUUGGCUCCUGUCUUUUGCCCAACACACAAAUACUUGAAGUUAUCUGUGUUGUUAAAGGAAUGUUCUGUAUGCAAUACUGACAGCACUUGUGGCAUGUUGAUAACUAUGAUAACAAUGAAGUACACAGCAGAUAGGUAAGCAGAUAAACAUCAGCGUUUCAUUUUCGGGUGAACUAUCCUUUUAACAUACAUCAUGUUUCGAAAGUAUAGACAUUUGAUUUAUAUAAUUUGUUAAAAUGAGACAUAGUGACUUAGUCUGUGUAAAGUUAUACACUUAUAUAUACAUUUAUUUGAUCGAAAAUAAAACCACAAUAUUGUUAAAUAUAAUUACAAAUUAAAAGAAGUUUUUUUUUUAUUUUGUUAUAAAUUUAUAAAACAAAUGAAUAUAUUCAUUAUAUAAAAACUUUAUUUUGUGAUGGCAAACCUGAAUUUCUCAGCAGUUUUUAUCAGUGGUCUCCAGUGUCACGAUCCUUAAGAAAUCAUUCUAAAAUGCAGAUUUCCAGCUCAAGAAAUAUUUCUUAUCAUCAAUUCAGAAAAUAGUUUUUUGUGGAAAUUGUAAUACAUAAUUUGUUUUCAGGAUUCUUUGGUGAAUAGAAUGUUCAUAAGAACAGAAUUUAUUUCAAAUAGAAAUCUUUUGUGACAAUAUAAACGUCUUUACUGUCACUUUUUGAUCGAAUGAAUUUGAUGCUUCCUUGCUUAGCCCCCAAUUGUAAACUGUAAGCUGUUUUUUUUGCUUCAUUUACAGAUUUUGUUGACAGUUUAAUUAAUAUUUCUCUAAAUUCACCCUUUCCAACCUUCAGAGAAUAACAAAUUGUGUUGAAAAAACAAUUGCAAACUCAGAAAGAUCAAAAUAU